AUGUUCUAUCUCGACCCUCCCAUACGAAUGUCUGCGCGUCUGUUCACAACCAUACCCAAGGAAUUCUCAAAACCCCAAACGAGCGAAUGGGCUUAUCACAAUAUGCGCGAUAGAGCCAUUGGAAGCUUCCUGGAAGGCCCCUGUUUCGAUGACCUCGGUAAUCUCCUUGUGACUGACAUACCCUUUGGCCGAAUCUUCCGCAUCUGCCCUCAAGGCAAUUGGAGUCUUCUUGCGGAGUACAAAGGUUGGCCUAAUGGUCUUAAGCGCACCACCGAUGGUCGAGUCUUGGUGGCAGAUCAUUUACUGGGAUUAGUCGAAAUCAAAGAGUCCGGGGAGGCAGAGGUGGUGUUGAGUGGAUAUCGAGGAGAACGAUUUCGCGGCCUCAAUGAUCUUACCAUUGGGGCCAAUGGAUGGGUGUACUUCACCGAUCAAGGACAAUCCGGGCUACAAGAGCCAAAUGGCUGCAUCUAUCGGUGGCAUACAACUUCUCAGCGACUAGAAAGAGUAGCAUCAGGCAUUCCAAGCCCCAAUGGUCUGGCUCUGAGUACUGACGAGACACGAUUGUUCGUUGCCGUGACAAGAACAAACACAAUCUGGCGCAUUCCUUUUGUUCUCGACGGAGGGGUUAGUAAGGUUGGUGUUUACUUGAAUCUUUCAGGUGGUAACGGCCCCGAUGGACUUGCUAUUGAUAAUAAUGGAGGUCUGGUAGUGGCACAGCCGGGACUAGGAGUACUGCGUUUUGAUUCUCGGGGCAUGUUAACACACGUCAUUGAGCUUCCUGAUGGAGCUUCAUGUUCCAAUAUCGCAUUUGAGGGAAUGGGAAGCAAACGCAUGGUGAUAGUAGACAGUGCUUGGGGCAAUAUCUAUGAGAUUGAUAUGCCUUUUGCAAGCGGCAUCACUCAUGAUGCAAGUUGA